AUGAGUGAUCAGAACAUGAAAAACAAAUGUUAUGAAGAUAUUAUGCAUAAAUACAAGGAUUACAUUGAUGCAUACAAUACUCUAUAUAAGAUAAAUACUAGCAAUGACCAUGAAAUCGAUGAAAUUUACAAAAUGUUAAAAAAUGUACUCAUCGAAGCGCAUAAAAAAUCACCAGAUCAAUUACUUGAGCAAAUUUGUAUGAUUUCAAAAUGUAAUAAUCGAUAUUUACACUCAUAUUGGAUGCUUUUCAAAAAGUUCUUUGACGAAUUUCAACCAAAAUCAAUCGCUGAGAAAGGAAAACUCUUUAAUUACUUUAUAUACAAAGAUUACGGUCUAAUUUUAGACAAAGAUAAAGAAAAAUGCAUCAAAGAACUAGAUUCUCAAAAUUAUUCAUUUGAUAUCUUCGAAAACGGGACAAUUUACCAAUCAAUAUUAAAUGAUAAUGAUAUACAAUUCAAUAUGUUCCUUGAACAAGAAGGAACCACAUCAAAUCAAAAAAUUAAAUUAGAUUAUUUUCCAGAAUGCGAAGGAAUCUCUCUUCUCGAGUUAUUUUGUUACUAUGGUGCAUUAAAAUGUUUCGAUUCAUUACAAACCAAAUUCAAUUCAAAAAUUACAGAAAAAUGCAUCUCUUAUUCAUUUUUAAGUGGAAAUAAUGAUUUGAUAAAUAAAGUUUUGAAAUUGCAAAAACCUGAUGAAAGCAACAUGAAAUAUGCCAUUAUUUCUCAUCGUAUGGACAUAAUAACUAAACUGGUUAAUGAAUAUGAUAUAGAAAUCGAUCUAGAACUUUGUGCAAAAUACAAUAAUUUGGAAGCAUUUUUGUAUAAUUUUGAUUUCAAAUUAUGUUUUGUUUUUUCUCCUUGUUUUAGUGAUUUAGAUUUUGUUUCUUUAUUCUUAUCAUGUGGUGCUGAUUUUAAAUCAAGAGAUAAAAAGUUAAGAACAGCACUUCAUGAGGCAGUGAAGUUUAAUUGCAUUGAAAUUGUUAAAGCUCUUAUUUCAUAUGGAGCAAAUGUCAAUGCAAAAGAUGUAAUUAACAAUACUCCUCUUUUUUACGCUACAGAAAAUUCUCAUAAAGAUAUUGUUGAACUUCUUAUUUCUCAUGGAGCUGAUGUAAAUAUGAAAGAUUCAAAUGGACAAGCAUGUCUUCAUUCUGCUGUUAUUCAUGAUAGUUAUGACAUUGCAUUAAUUCUUCUUAAUAAUGGAGCUUAUGUCAAUUCAAGAAAUAAUACUCAAUGGACUGCUUUUCAUUUCGCUGCAGUUCAUAAUAGAAAGAGAAUUGCAGAACUUCUUAUUUCAUAUGGAGCAGAUUAUAAAUUAGUAGAUUCAAAUAUUCAAAAUCCAUUACAUAUGGCAGCAUGGUGUAAUAGUAUUGAUGUAUUAAAAGUUCUCAUUUUGAAUAACGCUGAUAUUAAUUCACAAGAUAAGGAAGAAAAUUCUAUUCUUCAUUAUGCAGCUAUCAAUAAUAAUAAGGAAAUUGCUGAUAUGGUUUUAAGAGAUGGAAUUAAAGUGAACAUUAAAAAUAAGAUGGGACAAACUCCACUUCACAUAAGUGUAAUGAAAAACGAAAAAGAAAUGACAGAACAACUUAUUGCUUAUGGUGCCGAAAUCAAUGCAAAAGAUUCCACGGGGCAAACACCACUUCAUUAUUCUAUCAAAUACAGCUGCAAAGAAACAACAGAAAUACUUAUUUUUAAUAGUGCUGAUAUUAAUGCAAAAGACGAUAAAGGAAAAACAGCACUUUUUUAUGCAAUUAAAAACAAAAAUAAAGUAAUAGCUGAUAUUCUUCUUACAAAUGGCAUUGAUGUAAAUUCUACAGAUUCAAAUAUGAAAACAGCUCUUCAUUAUGCCGCAGAUGAUAAUUGCAAAGAUAUUGUAUCAGACUUGAUUUUGCGUGGUGCAAAUAUUAAUUUAGUAGACAACAAAGGAGCAACCGCACUUCAUUAUGCAUUAUACAAUAAUAGAAAAGAAGCAGCCGAAGUUAUAAUCAAGCAUAAUGCUGAUCUCAGCAUUAGAGAUGCUGACGGCAAACUCCUCUCCAUAAAGCAGCAUAUAACAAUUGGAAAGAUAUAA